AUGUCCAAAACCAUGCAGGCGUGGCAAGUAGCCGCUCCUGGAUCUAUCGAGGAAACCUUGAAGCUUCUCGACAAUGCAGCGCAGCCAACAGGGCCCCUUCAAAACGGACAAGUUCUCGUCGAAGUUGUCAGUGCAGGCCUCAAUCCUGCAGAUUACAAGGUGCUCAGGUUGGGCCUCGCAUCCAAAGCCAUCACGACUUUUCCCAAAACACUAGGCAUGGACCUCAGCGGCCGAGUUGUUUCGGUAGCAGAUGAUGUUACAGACACCAAGACGGGAGACGUUGUGUUGGUUCGCUUGGAUCCUACCAAGGGCCCUGGGGCGCUCUCCCAAUAUGUAAUCGCCAAUCGCGCAGAUUAUGCAGUUUUACCGCCAAAUUUCGAUCUAGAUCUUGCCGCCGGUGCGCCGACAACUGCUUUGACAGCAUAUCAGUCCAUCAAGCCAUACAUCCAAACCGGCUCCAAGGUCUUUAUUAACGGUGGAUCUGGAGGUGUUGGCACCAUUGGUAUCCAGAUUGCAAAAGCUCUCGGAUGUCAUGUCACAGUUUCUUGUUCUACGGCGAAAAAGGAGCUUUGUGAGCGAAUCGGCGCGGAUGAGAUUAUCGACUACAAGACCGGAGACGUCGUGGCGCAAUUGAAACAAAACGGCAUCAUCUUUGACCACAUUGUCGACAACGUCGGCUCUUCCUUUCCAGAUCUUUACCACCAGGCGAGCCAUUAUCUUAAGCCAGAGGGAGCCUUUAUACUGAUUGGUGGUCCGGCAUCUUUGAGCGGUGUCAAAAACGUCUUGACGGCAAAAUUUCUUCCUUCGUUCUUGGGCGGAGGUAAACACCACUUCGUGCUGUACAUGACGAAGAAUGACCGUGAUGACCUUGCGCAAGUUGCAAAGUGGUUGGCGGACGGGGUGAUCAAAACUGUCAUUGACUCGACGUUUGAGUUUACAGAGGCUCUGGAAGCCUUUGAGCAUCUCAAGAAGGGCUCAAGUGGUGGAAAGGUGAUUGUUCAUGUUUCCAGCAAGGCGUGA